GAGCCCAGGUGUCCCUUCCUGCCACAUCCGGAGCCGAGCCGCCCCGCCCCGCCCGCGAGGUGCGCCGUAGCCGAGCAGCGGCGGGGGACGCACAAAGGCGCGCUCGCUCCUGAGUGAAGAGCCUGGAUACCGGAAGUUGUGGUUUGCAGUAGGGAUGGUCGUUGUCAACGCUUUUUACAGUUCUGGAUGAUGCAAUGGUUAACUACAUUAAUAGAGCAAGGAGAAUUGUGAAAAACAUCCCAGACUCAGUGAUACAGGCUAUACAACUUCUAACAAUGGACAUCUUUGUCAUUUGUAUUUGGCUGGUCUGAUUAUCAUAUAAAGUACUUUCCUCAAGGGUAGAAUUUUUCUGCCUGCAUUGUGGUGGAAUGAACAGAUCUAAUCCAUGAGUAAUAUCCAGACCAGUGGAUGCCUUCCAUUAUGAGAAAUAAAAAUUAAGGUGACGAGCAUAACCUGCAGCAUUGAAGCAUGAGUGCUGAUGCCAGUCAGGGGGUGAUCACCACCCCUCCCCCUCCCAGCAUGCCUCACAAAGAGAGGUAUUUUGACCGCAUCAAUGAAAAUGACCCAGAGUACAUCCGUGAGAGAAACAUGUCUCCUGAUCUGAGACAAGACUUCAACAUGAUGGAGCAAAGGAAGAGGGUCACUCAGAUACUGCAGAGUCCUGCCUUCCGAGAAGACCUGGAAUGUCUUAUUCAAGAACAGAUGAAGAAGGGCCGUAACCCAACUGGACUGCUUGCGUUGCAACAGAUUGCCGAUUACAUCAUGGCAAGCUCUUUUGCAGGUUUCUCUUCAUCUCCGCUGAGCCUUGGAAUGGUUACACCCAUCAGUGACCUACCUGGAAUAGACACCAGCUCAUUUGUUAAGGGAGAAAAACUUACUCGUUGUAAGUUAGCCAGCCUGUACAGGUUGGCUGACUUGUUUGGAUGGGCACACUUAGCAAAUUCCUACAUCACAGUAAGAGUAAGCAAAGAACAGGACCACAUUCUAAUCAUUCCAAGAGGUCUGUCUUUUUCUGAAGCUUCAGCCUCCAAUUUGGUUAAAUUAAAUAUCUUAGGAGAUGUAGUUGACCAGGGGAGUACCAAUCUGAGCAUCGACAAUGCAGGAUUCAGUCCACAUGCUGCCAUCUAUUCCAUGCGCCCUGAUGUCAGAUGUGUGAUACACAUACACACCCCUGCAACUGCAGCUGUUUCAUCUAUGAAGUGUGGUAUCCUUCCAGUCUCUCAGGAAGCUUUGAUUCUGGGAGAUGUUGCUUACUGCAAUUACCAAGGAUCUCUUGAUGAACAGGAAGAGAGAAUUCAGCUUCAGAAGGUUCUUGGGCCCAGUUGCAAGGUUCUGGUCUUGAGAAAUCAUGGUGUGGUAGCCUUAGGAGAGACGUUAGAGGAGGCCUUUCACUAUAUUUUCAAUGUGCAGCUUGCCUGUGAAAUACAGGUUCAUGCAUUAGCUGGCGCAGGUGGAAUAGACAAUCUUCUUAUACUAGACCUGCAAAAGUACAAGCCUUUCACACACACUGUGGUAGCAGCUGGAGGAGUUGGAGUUAAUAUGGGCUCCCAACAAAAAUGGAAAGUUGGGGAGCAGGAGUUUGAAGCGCUCAUGAGAAUGCUAGACAACCUGGGAUACAGAACUGGCUAUGCUUAUAGGCAUCCUCUGGUCAGAGAAAAACCCAGGCACAAGAGUGACGUUGAGAUCCCAGCCACUGUGACUGCCUUUUCUUUCGAAGAUGAUACAGUUCCACUUUCCCCCCUCAAAUUCCUAGCACAAAGACAACAGCGAGAGAAGACAAGAUGGCUGAACUCUCCAAAUACAUACUUGAAAGUGAAUGUGCCUGAAGAGUCUUGGAAUGGAGAGACUAGUCCCAGAACUAAGAUAACGUGGAUGAAAGCUGAAGACUCCUCCAAGAUUAGUGGAGGAACUCCAAUCAAAAUUGAAGAUCCUAAUCAAUUUGUGCCUCUAAAUACAAACCCAAGUGACGUGUUAGAAAAGAGGAAUAAGAUUCGUGAGCAAAACCGAUACGACUUAAAGACAGCAGGACCACAGUCUCAGUUACUUGCUGGGAUUGUUGUGGAUAAAAAGCCUAGUCCACCCAUGCAGUUUGAGGAAGAUGAGCAUGCACCACCAGCCCCUCCCAAUCCAUUCAGUGAUCUUACAGAAAAGGAACUGGACGAGUACAAGAAGGCAAUUGAGCGCAAGCAACAAGGAGUGGAAGAUGCUGAACAGGAAUUAGUCUCAGAUGAUGGUUCAUCUGUGUCACAAAUUCAGUCACAAACACAGUCCCCGCAAAAUGUCCCUGAAAAAUUAGAAGAAAAUCAUGAAGAUAUGUAUGCCCAGAAUGCUAACCUCAUCUCCACAGAGGUACCUGUUGUGGUGGUGAAUGGCAAGGAAGAUAUGCAUGACGUGGAAGAAGAUCUCACCCAGCGGGUCAGUCAGUUAACCACUAGUACUGUGGAGAGCGUAGAGAUUACAAUUAAAACUUCUGAAAAGAUUGAAGAGACCCUGUCCCCUGAGGGCUCCCCUUCAAAAUCUCCAUCAAAGAAGAAGAAGAAAUUCCGCACUCCGUCUUUUCUGAAAAAGAACAAAAAGAAGGAGAAGGUGGAAGCAUAACUGCAGCUCUGUUGCUAAGAGAAGGCAUUGCACAUUUUUAAAAACCACAUUUAAGUCUAACAUUAACAAAGUAGUGUUAGGGUUGUGCAGUAAACUGGACCUUAACCUAUGAACAGAACUGGAAAAGGUUUUACUAAAAACCAUCUUCUGUUAAAUAAGAAACUAAUUCAUCUCUCACUUAGUGUCCAAAAUUACCGAGGGUUUGAAACAUUCAGUAGUUUCACGUAGAGCUACACUGGCAGGUGCUUUAAUACUAUCAUAGUGAGAUCAGAUACCAUUGUAGUACAUUGUUGUGGCAAGUUACACUUGGAGUAUUUUGCAGACCUUAAAAUCUUCAGCACAGUUGAAGUCUCUAAUAGAGUUACUGUUGAGUGAUUAUAUGAAUUUUCAUUUUUAAACUGCUGCCUCACUUGGUAAUCAUAUAAUACUUUUUUGUAUUGUGAUUCAGACCAUAUAUUUUGUUUCUGUACCCUGCUUCAGUGGGUGCAUAUUAACAGCACGCCUUUAAAUCUUUUAAGGUUAGGUUAUAUAGAAUAUUAUACACUGGCACAUAUUAGAAGAAAAACUGUAAGAUAAUUUUUAUUUGGAAUUAUACAAAAUGUGUAAGAAGUCCAUUCAUCAAAACUUUUUUGCCAAAUAUUUCAUUUUAGUGAAAUAUAAUUUUUGAAUACUUCUUUUUUAUUCUAUCAGUUGGAAAAAAAACCCUUAUUUUUCAAUAAAGGGGAUUUUAUACACUGAACAUAACUUAGUUAAACUAUGGCAAAACAAAAUAAGAUUUUAUAUGUUGAAAUGUUUGUAUACCAUUUAGUAUAAAAGUAUUAUACGCAUGUAAGCCAAGUAUCUAACAGUAGAGUGUAUUUAAGGAUGCUUGGUUUAGAGUAUACUUAAAUAUAAUUCAGGAAUCCAGGGACUCAGCUAUCAAAGGAUUAAAACAUAUAAAAUUAAACUGGAUUCAUGUUUAAAUCUUACUGUGUUUUUUCCCUCAUGGCAUUGCUAAUGAAUGAAGAAAAAUAAUCUCUUAACAAAACCAAAUGAAGGAAACAAAACUGUUAAAAGGGAAAGUGAAAUAGUAAGAAAAUAGAAUGAUGCAAAGAAAGUAUAAGUUUGGUGAUUAUUUUUUAUUAAAUAUAUGAUAUGGAUUGUGAGGUAUUUUUAUUAAAUCAGCAAAAUCACAUUUCCAUAUUAGAAGUUAAAAUAACUUACAUGGUUUCACAUGGAGAUCUACUCUUCUUUCUCAUUUUCAUUUGAAUUUUAAAAGGGUCUUAUUAAUCUGUGUUGUGUCCUUCAGACAAACCCAGAACAAAGUAGAUCUUAGUGUCAUGGGUAGUGGCAAUAGUGCCGCUUACUCGUUUUUGCAGAUAUUUUCAUUUUUGCUUUUUACUGUAUUGUAAAAAACAAGCUAAACAUAGAAAUUAACAAGGUUUUUUUCUUCUCAAAUUUGUCAUAGAACAUCAGUUAUUGCAAUAGCAAAUAACUUUUAAAGAUCAGUGUGAUUCCCAGAUUGCCAGUUGAAAUAUAUACAAUAUAUAGAUUAAGUAUGGCUGGAGAGUGGUUUGGCAUGCAAAGAUGUUGAUUAUCCUAUGUUCUGGGGCUGGUUAGCUUUGACCGUGUAAGUGUGACAAUGCAUAUUGGAAUGGAUCCUGGAAAUGAUAUUCUAGUUAUCACUAAAUACUGGAAACAGUGUUUUUAAUCUGAGUGGACACUUCCAGUUGCUUAACUUGGGGUUGUUGUUUUUUUUAAGUUCUACAUUAUUUGUGUUGUAUUACAACAUAUGUAGAAGCAGUAACCUGUGAACUAUGCUUUUCAUAACUUUUUUUAAAAAAUAUAUCUAAAUGAAUGCAAUGUGCAUAAAUAUUUUUUAAAAUGCAACCGUGAACUAUUUGCACCUUUUGCUAAUGCCUAUAUUUACUUGCUUUGGCAUAAAGAAUGAGCCAGCCAACUCUGUGUCCUGUGGAAAAUAUAUAAAUGUUAUCUGAAAUUGCUCAUAGAUGUAAUGCUAAUUAAUGUUAAAUCACAAAUAAACAGUAUUUUAAAUAGA